AUGGUCUCCCUCGAUCCGGCACACCUGUUCGGCGCCGUCCUCUCCCUCGUCAGUCGCGCAGCCAGGAGGACCGUCAGGAAGCCAAGUUUCGGUUUCGAAACCCUACCCGCGGCCUCUCCGUCGCUGAUGCUUUUCAAGACGCCCCUGGAACCAAUUUUCCUGCAUGUCCGCUGCCUAACGAGACUCUUCCAAUAUCCUCUUGCAGGCAUCCUCAGAUAUCAUUGCGUCGGUCGGAAGGGUGGACAGAUGCGUCUUGUUCGAUCUUCAGGGUGCCAGUCACGAGCGCAGGGGUCUAAAGUGCUUGCCGCAAGCUUUGACAACAUGUUCGACGACCACGUUGCCAUUUGGCAUUCGCUGCGUUCCAGCCCUCACCAUCGUCUGGCCCACAGGCGCCUGAUCCGCCGCGCAGCGUGGCUUGGCGGUCAGUUUGGCGAUCGCGGCGAGUGA